AUGAGGGUCUUCAUCCUUGCCUGCCUGGUGGCUCUUGCUCUUGCAAGAGAGAAGGAAGAACUCACUGUAUCCACUGAGACUGUGGAAAGCCUUUCCAGCAGUGAGGAAUCUAUCACGCACAUCAACAAGCAGAAACUUGAGAAUAUUAAGCGUGAGGAACAGCAGCAAAGAGAGGAUGAACGCCAGAAUAAAAUCCACCCCCUUGCCCAGCAACAGCCUCUGGUCUUUCCUAAUGCCAAUCCCACCCCCUUUGCUAUCCUUCCACAGAAUGUCCUGCCUCUUGCUCAGCCCGCUGUGGUGCUGCCUCUCCCUCAGCCCGAAAUAGUGCAGGUCCCCCAAAUUAAGGAGAACAUCCUUGCGACGCGCAAAAUGAUGCCCUUUCUGAAAUCUCCAGUAGCGCCCCUUUUGAACAGCCAAAUCCAGAAUCUUGCCGAGCCUGAAAAUCUGCACUUUGCUCAGCUCCAGCCUCAGCCUCUGCCUCUGCCUCUGCCCCUGCCCAUGCCUCAGCCUCUGCCUCUGCCUCUGCCUCUGCUCCAGCCCCUGAUGCAGCAGAUCCCCCAGCCUCUUCCUCAGACUCCCAUGCUUGCUCCUCAGCCCCUGCUGGCCAUCCCACAGUCCAAAGUCCAGGCUCUUCCCCAGCAAGUGCUGCCCGUCCCCCAGAGAAACAUGCCCCUACAAGCCUUUCUGCUGUACCAGCAGCCUUCUCCUGAGGCCCAUCCAGUGACUCAACCACUUGCCCCAGUUUACAACUCUGCUCUUAGUGAUUGUCUCGUUGUAAUGAAUAAUCCCCCCACCAACUACCACGCCUGUACACUCAACCUCAUCCCUUGA